UUGUCAGCUGUUUGAGCACGUCACACAAAACUAGGAAUUUUAGACAUGGAUAUAAAUACAUACAUAAUUUUUAGCAAUUAAUUUCCAUUCAAAGGAACGUAAAAAUACAUAGAGUAUAUAAACUAUUUGGGAUAAGUGUUAAUUGAAGAACAUUUCAAAAAUUCUUUAUUUUUUGUUUUAUGCUUACUAACGCUAUUGUACAUGAACAUAUAUAAAAUUUCCUAAACAGUUUUUUGUACUUAAUAUAUUUAAAUAUGAGUAUUACUCYUAAUGUCAUCCCUGCUGAAAUAUUUGAUAAUGAUAAUGACGAAGAAGUUAUUAACUGGGAGGAGGAAGCAGCUGCAAUUAUAAAAGACGUUAAUCCACAUGUUGCGUUAAUAGAAAUAUCCCAACAAAUACCUAGUAAUGUGAAUAAAGUGUACCUGAAUGUGCGCACUAUUGAGGGACAAGAGUACUGCGUACAAGUAUCGAGCAUUGGGUUUCGCGUGGUUGGUAGUGCAUUUAAUUCAAUUGACCCCGGGAAAGAGGAAAUAAAUGAAGAGGAGGAUGUGUUUUAUGAGACACCAUAUGCUCUAUUGGACAAAAUCAGUCCAAGUUAUGUGGAAUCCUUUGGUAAUCAGCUUUGUAAACAAUUAUUAUCGGUGCAACAGAUGCGUACACAGUUCAACGAAGAAGAUGAAGAGGGUGUGGAAGACGAAGACACUACUGGCAACGCAAAGACAUCAUAGGAGGCCUUGUAGUGUAAUGUUUUUACACAAAAGAAAACAAAUCGAUAGCUUAAUAAUACAAAUUAGUAGUUAAGCCUUUUUUAAUUUAAUAUUUAAUUUAUGAAUUCCAUGAAGGUGUUUGACUAUAGUAAUAACGCUCGCAUUGCUUUUAAGUUAUCAUAAGCGCUUCAUGCAAACACUAAUGUUGAUUAAAUAACGUUCCAUGUACACAUGAUUAAUAUAUGCUUAGAAUUUUAAACGUUUCAAGAAUAAAGAUUGUGACUGUAA